AUGUAUUUCCCUGCGCCACAAAAAAUACUGUCAGCGAAGGAGAUUAAUACUCUUCGCAACGGGAUCACUCUUCGAGACUCGGUACAUACCCAGCUUGGCAAAUUUACAAUUGCCUUGAAGCCUACCGACAUGGGAAAUGAGUACGAGGUAAAGACUUGCAAGUGCUAUCCCGGGCUGAUAUCCCACCAUUCCCCCGAUCGGCGCGUCCGAUUUUUACCAAACACAGAGUAUAAGAUUCCAAGCCCCGCAAUUCUCGAUGCGCAUUGGAGAGUGUGCGAGAUCUUCAAUGCAUCUGCGAUGGGAGAGACCAUUGAACGACGUCUUCGGGAGUGGGAAGGGUUGAGAGGCUCUAAAUGCGCUAUUAUUAGAGAGGACGGUACGACCGAUCUCGCUAGUCUGCUGGAUAUCGCGCUAUGGGGCCAAGUUUCCACAUGA